AUGGAUGAACUAGCCAGUACUCGCAUUUUCCGUUCGGCGGACCCGAAAGCCUCCCACUGCAGCGCCGAAGUCAAGGUGGAAGACCCUUCGUUUGCGCGACGUCUCUGUGCAAAGCUUGCGCGUGCCAAGGACUCCCCAAUCGAGGCCGUAGCAAUAGCUUCGCGUGCACCAGCAUUAACGGGUCACCGCCGCAUCGACUGCAGAAAGCUCAUCUGCUCGUGGCACCGCCCGGUGAAGCUUGUAUGGCUGAACUUCGGGAACCGAGAUAUUGCUACGAAAGUUCAGAGCAGAUUUGCCUCUGGCAAGUACAAGAUUCUAAACCACACAGUCGAAGCUGACAAGCCACACGGAAAUGACGAUUGGCGAAAUACAUUGGGUUGGACUGUAGCCUUGAAGACCGUUCCAGGCUCUGCGGGGCGGAUCGAUGUUGCGCAGGCCAUUCCAGACCACUGGAAACCGCGCAUCAUCAACCUGGGAGAGGCAACGUACAAAACUGAUUCAAAUACCGCCAAAGCCUCUGUGAAGUCCCUCCUGACCGACAUUGGCCAGCUCGCAUGGUGGGAGGACACUAGUGGACCACAGUCAAAAAGAGAGAAGGCUGUUGCUCGCUAUAUAGAGGACGUCGAUGCCCAGAAAGCCGCUACCCUCCUGAACAAUACUCCACUUCCAUUUGCCAAGAAUCUCAAGCUGAGCGUCCAAGCUCUCACGAACGCCAAGUUUCGAGUUUUGACCCGGAUCUAUGCAGCAUUGGAGAAACGCAUCAACGCCCACGCACAGGCUUGGAAAGAUGCCAAGCUUUGGUUCAAUUGCUAUGCCCCAGUCAAUGGAUACAGCGUUCUGAAGAUAGAAGGAGAAAACAGGAAAGAUGUUGCGGAUGCAGCAGACACUCUAGAGAGGAUCCUCGCUGGCGAGAUUGCUGCAGUCGACGGCGCACCACUAUGGAGUCCCUCCUUGAGGAACAAUGAGGAAACCUACGAGAAGGUCAAGGCUAUCCAGAAUGACACAGGCACCGUCAUCAUACGAAACAGGCGGAAGCGUGUCAUUACUCUGUAUGGGCCGGCCGAUCAAUUCGAGCAAACAAGGGAUCUACUGGCGACCGUGCUCAGAGAGAGCUCGGCUUCUACAUUCACCAUCACAGUCAACGCGAAACAGCUACACUGGGCACGAGCUGGUGGGCUCCGGAGUAUAUCACGCGCGAUCGGGGGCAUCCGUGCAACUUUCGAUGAUCCGUUCAACCCGAAAGCAAUUCUAAUCUCCGGAUCGGAUGAGCACCGCCGCCUAGCCCAAGAACUCGUCGACGCAGAGGGGCCAAGCGCCGUGGACAAUGGUGAUGAGGAUGCCGAUUGCUGCGUGUGCUGGACGCCUGCCGAGGACCCGGUCUCCACGAAAUGCGGGCAUGUGUAUUGUGGUGACUGCUUCGAGAAUUUAUGCGAGUCGGCUUUCACCUCGAACGAGGCCCAGGCGUCCGUCAUCUGCAAAGGCAACGCUGACCAGUGCGGGACCACUUUCUCUCUUGAAGAGCUGGAGAACAACCUGUCCAUGGGGGCAAUGGAGGACUUGCUCGAGUCAUCCUUCAAGUCCUAUGUCACGAAGAACCCACUCGAGUUCCGCUACUGCCCCGCGCCGAACUGCAGCACGAUCUACCGCGUCGGUACCGAUCGUGCGCACUGGUGA